GGCAUACUUCCUUAAGAUAAAUAACCUAGAUCCCCAGCCUUGACUUUUUUUCCAGGUUUUUUUGCCAAGCAUCAGUCUGUCUCGUUAAUAAGUUAUCGCAAUAAAUAAUGUACUGUAAAGUUCGUCAUGUUUUGUCUCUGUCGAUGAAGUACUUUAGCAGCCACAGCUUCGUGUACUCUCUUGUUUUUUUUGGAAUCUUGAUGUGCUACGAGUAUGACACAGCAAUCAUGCGUUUGACUGUGUGUAAAUUCAUUUAAUAACUUUUGGGCGCCCUGGACAGCUGGAAGAACGAUACAGACUAUCGAUGUCAAACACCCUUUCCACAUUGGCGUCGAGCUCCGAUGAAGUGCAGGAGUUGCCUGCUCUGACUUUCUUAGGUCCGCCCGGAACAUAUUCCCAUCAAGCGGCAUUUGACGCUUUUGGUGAUUCUGUUCAUUAUGUCGCAAAGCAGACCAUCGCUGGCGUCUUCGAGUCACUAUCGUCUGAGCUACCCUUUGGUAUCAUACCCCAAGAAAAUAGCACCAACGGGUCGGUGAUCGAGACCUACAACCUACUCCGAUGCGAAUUCGUUGGUCGAGAUAGCUUUGUGAGAGGGGAGACAAACUUGCCGAUCAAACAUUCCCUGGUCGUUCGCCAAAAUGUUAAAAUCGAGGAUAUCGAGCACGUUUUCAGCCACGAACAAGCCUUAGGCCAGUGUAAGGCGUUUCUGAAGGAACUCCUUCCAAGAGCAUCGCUUGUGCCGACAGACUCAACUGCGAGUGCUGCUCGUGCAUUGCUCAAUCCGCUGUCCGACAGUUUUGACCCCUUGAAGAGUGCAGCGAUUUGUUCAGCGAUUGUCACUUCGUUGUUUCCCGGCCUGGAAGUGUUGCAUACUGGCAUCCAAGAUGGAGAAUCGAAUGUGACGCGCUUUUAUAUCGUAUCCCAUGGCGUGGACGUUCGGGUCCCAUGGCAAACACCACCCACCCACCGGAAGCGUGCUCUAAUCCGUUUCUUGCCUGACAGAGACUCUGUGGCAUGGGAUUUUUCACAGGCGAUCAAGGCACUCAACAUACCCAUCUCCCGCAUAGACCGAAGACCAUCUCUAUAUUCAGCCACCUUUCAUGAUGCAUACUUUCUUGAAGUGUAUGCCGAAGGGGGAAAAGAAAGUGAUGUUACCUGGUUUGAUUGUGUGAACCAAGCUGUCGAAAGAUUAAGGCAAGCAGGUUUGGAAUCCACAGUUCUAGGCAUAUGGUAG